AUGACAGUGACAAAGUCAACUGAGACCACCGGUGGUGUCGGCUCGUCUGGAAAUCGGAAGCGUGGGCCAACUCUGGACACUGAGGUCGACCUGCCUCGAAAGCGACGAGCGGUGGAGUCCUCCACCUCUCGCUCGGUCCGGACAGCGUCGGCCCCAGCUCAUACAGAGAUGGACCGCCUGCUGAUCGACAUGGCCGCCAGCAUCCGGGGGUACUUCCCGUUCGCUGAGUUCGCCGCAGCGCACGGGUGUGCGGUUCAAGAUAUCCAGGACAUCCUCGACCAAGUUUUCUUCAAGGCCUUUAGCAACCCGGCGCUUCAUGGCCAGGUCCAGAGCCGAGACCCUGGGAAACUAGGUGGCACAGAUGACAAGAAGGAGAUCAUCAUCAUCUCUGACGACGAGGAUGACGUGGGGAGCGUCAAGAACAAACCUACUCCCUCCUCUCACCAGAGCACCAGCGGAUCUCACAAGUUCGAACAGCUUGUCACCCCGACUGGAUUGAAGAAGCAUACCUGUGAGAUCCCUUCUUCGAUCUCCUCACCAAGCCCGGAGUUCUCCUCCUCUACCCUGAAGUCACGCACUCCCCCCGUGGGUAACGACUCAUCCUCUCUCACCCAGAUCUCCACCACGGGGACUGGAGAUAUCUCGUUCAACCUUGAGGACUAUCUGCCGCGGGCCUACCGCAGGCCUGUCCGAUCAGUGAUUCGACUGCGCCGGCCACACGUCUUCGCCCGCCCUCCCCCAUCCAUCUUCAACCGGAUCCCCCGCGUCACCAAGAAGGUAUCCACCAAGCGUCGAGCAAUGCGCCGCGAUCGGUAUGGAUCCUUGGUCCCCGUGGACAAAUGGAUUGAGGGAUACCACAUCCCACCGCUGACCGAGGAGCCCAUUUCGGCUGCAGAUGCGAUGUCCGAUGAGGACUUCCUUCGACUCAUGAAGGAAGGGGGUUUCAAGCAGAUCCCGAAGGACUCGAAUCUUAACAUCGCCAAGCAGUCCCUCUGGUGA